AUGUCGGCCAUUUCUUCAUCGACCUCUGCCAAUGCUGCUUCUCUCACUUCUCAAAUGCGAGCCAUAUGUAUUCUUGAAAAAGACACUAAUUUAGAUACUUUGAAUGUAUGGUCGUUCCCAAUCCUAUCCGAUGAUCAAAAAACAAUAAUAAUGAACCGAUCUCCGUUGAAUUCCAACAGCACUGUAUUAUCGAAACAAUAUUCUGAUUUAUCAUUGGAUAAUAGUCUCUUUGUUUGUUCUAAAUUUGAUGACUGUUAUGUCUAUUCAUUGAGUAGAAAGGUGAAAUUGAUAAAUAGUAAUGUGACCGAUGUCAAUUUAGUGAUUCUUUCUACUGAGUAUUGGAUGAAAAAGUAUGAGAAAUAUUUAGAAGUGAUGAUGAAUGUAUUGAUUGAAAAUCAACUAUCUCCAUUACCAUUGUUGGAAGUCUAUCUCAGGUUGUUCAGUAAGGGAACUUAUAAGGAUCAAAUCACUGCUGACUUAUUUUCUGAUCCGAGAGCUGCUAAGGUUGGAAAUCUAUCCAUGUUGAUUAAGUCAUUCGGAGAAGAGAGUGUUCGUAUUUGGUCGGCACUCAUGUUAAAAAAACGUAUUGUGAUUUACCAUGAUAAUAUUUUUGAACUAUUAGAAGUAAUGUCUGCGAUUCCAUCUCUUGUAUUGCAUAGACAGCAAGCAGAUUUUAUUAGACCAUUGAUUAAUUUUGAUAGUCCAAUCGAGACUAAAGAUUUAACUCAAUCCAAUUUCUAUUGUGCAGGAACACUUGAUAGAAAUAUGAGAAAUAAUUCCAAGUUUUAUGACUUGUUUGUAGAUGCAACUACAAAGAGAACAAGCGUUAACGAGUCUCAAAUAGAUGAGUUUAAACUUACUAAAAUUCAUAAGGAUUUACUUAAAGUUGUUACAGGUGAGGAAAUUGCUUCAAUGGAAAAUACUCACGUCAUUAAACAAGUGAGUCAAAAGACAAAGGAGUUGUUACAAAAGUUAUUAACUGUCAAAGAGCAAAAUGAUAAUCAAUUAACUUUGGACAUUAUUAAGGGAUUACAAUUACAGCCUGAUUUAGAAAAAUUUUUGUAUGGAGUUGCUGUGUCAGAAUGCAUGAUUACCUCACUCUGA